GCGAGCGGUUCCCAGAAUCAGAUGCACGCGCACGACAGAAAGAGGGGGCAGGAAGGGGGUUCAGGCCUCCAUGCACCACCCCCGCCUUCCCCUGUUUAAACUGAAGCCUUGUGAAAGAUUUGCUUGCAGCAGGCGAGUGCUUGUAUGGUGCAUUUAAGGAACGCUCCUUGCAGAGCAGCAGACCCUGAGGAGAAAUCAGUGCUGCAGGAAAGGGAUUGUCUCCUGCUCCAGUGUUUGAGAUGUAUCCCAGGAUAAGAAUGGUUGCACUAUAUACGGUCUCAAUCACGUUGAUUGCAUUCCUUUUUUAUAUAAGGAAAGAGACUAAGUUGGCUGUCUCCCCAGCAGCCAGGAAGGUAGCUGCACCAAAUCCCAGCCAUACGUUCUGGGCCCCAGAGCAGACUGAACCCAGCAAAUGUUUGCCAGACCUGACAAUUGUCAAUUCCUCUCUUGCACUCCCAGAGCUUCACCGCACCUUCUUAAUGUACAAGCACUGCAGGAACUUUUCAACACUGCUGAAGCCCACGAGAUGCAGUGAGGAAACAUUCCUCUUGCUGGCAAUCAAGUCUCCCCCGAUCAACAUAGACCGUAGGGUUGCUAUCAGGAACACAUGGGGGAAAGAAGUGGCCAUCGGCAGCAAGCCAAUCAAACUGGUGUUCUUGCUUGGGCGCUCGGAGGCCAAAAUCCAGGCUCACUCCCUCCACCAGCUGCUGGUUUAUGAGAGCCAAGAGUUCGAUGACAUUGUCCAGUGGGAUUUCACCGACAACUUCUUCAACUUGACACUGAAGGAGCUGCACUUCCUCCGGUGGUUCAUGGUGGACUGUCCCCACGCCAGGUUUGUGCUGAAGGGCGAUGACGAUGUUUUUGUCAACACCUACAAUAUCGUUGAGUUCCUCAAGGAACUCGAACCUGGAGAGGAUCUCUUUGUUGGGGAUGUAAUCAGCCAGGCCCGUCCUAUAAGAAACACCAAAGUCAAAUAUUUCAUCCCGGAGUCUAUGUACAAAGCGCCCUACUAUCCUCUCUAUGCUGGUGGCGGUGGCUAUGUGAUGUCCAGAAUGACGGUGCAGCGACUCCAGAGCACUGCCGAAGACACUGAACUCUUCCCAAUAGAUGAUGUCUUUGUGGGAAUGUGUCUGGCAAAGAUGGCAUUGACUCCAUUGAACCAUGCUGGCUUUAAGACCUUUGGAAUCCAGAGGCCUUUUAAUCCUUUUGAUCCAUGUCUGUACAAAGAACUGAUGAUAGUGCACAAGCUGAACCCUACCGAGAUGUGGAUCAUGUGGACGCUGGUAAAGGAUGACCAUAUUAGAUGUGCUGUAUCAUUAACUCAGUAACUCACAAAAUGAGACUGCUGAUGCUAAGUGCGGGGAACAGAAUGAUGGUGGUGAUUACUCCAGGUUGCUUAAACUGACAUUAAAAACAGAAACAAAAGAAAGUUGUAAUAGAUGAUACCUUUUUAUUAACAGACUGUAGUUUACAGUACGGUAAUGUUCUGCAAUGAGCCUGUGAAAAUACAUUGUUGGGUUACUGAAGCAUCAUGAGGUUGAACUGAAAACACAUAGUGGGGAUAGCUCAGGGACCUGGCAUUGGCAUUGGGAUUGCUUCCUCUCUGGAUCACUGAUUUGAAUUCAGCCCAGCUGGGUGGUUCUGAGUGGCUCUUUGCAAAGUGAGGUGGUGGUCUUAGUGCCAGUUCUGAUGGUGUUCAAGUUACAACUACCAACCUUACUAGCAGCCUCUAGUUACUGGCCUUCCUAUACUAAACAGGCAGUAGAGCCUGAACUCGCCCAUUAACCCUUGAAAUCAGGGCUAAGGCACAAGAAGUGUGUGGACAAGCUGAUGCCGCUGAGUCUGCACAUCUCCUGUCAAGGACUUCACUGUCCAGGGUUAGCAAUCCACCAGAUGUCACCAGCGCUAAAUUUCUUAAUGGGGAUGUCAGGGAAAGAACACAGAGAAGAUGGUCUAGAAACCUUUCAGUUGUCUGUUCUUAACACAGCCACGACACUGCAAGGUACUUAGUUCUAACAGCACUGACUUCUAACCAGCUCUUUUUCUUUUAAUUUUUAUUUACUUACAUUAGAUUAUUUGCACUGGAAUUUCUGCACAAAAAUACUUGACAGUGGGAUUGGGAGAAGAAACAAAUUGCUAUUAACCACUGUAAUAACAAUGGCUUUUUUAAAUAGCAGGUAUAAAUAAAUACAGUUUUGAAAGUGUUUACAUUGAGUAUUCUUGUUCUAUUGGAAGUACAACUGAGAUGAGAAUAUCAAAACAAAAUCCAGGGUUAGCUGACAGCUACCUCCAUCAGAGAUUACACAGCUGCAAAUGGAAAAUAUAUCUCUAUGGCUUUGUGGGAAGUGGGACUUGCUAAUUAAUUGGCCUUGUGGCGGAGUGUGGUGUAAAUCCCUACACAGGUCCUAUGUCACCUUGGUGCUAUCUGAGUCAAUCCCUUGAGUAAAAUUCAAGAAGACCCAUCCUCCUUGGUACUCAUAUGGAGCUUUUCAACUUCAUGAAAUAAUCCAUCCUUGCACUGCUGUGUUGCAGAUGACGGGAGGAGGCCUCGAAGUGGUAGUAAAGUGCUGCUCUUGGAGGAGAGAGACCUCAAUUUUAGUCUGAUUGCUGUGACCUUGGCACCUGGACGGGCAAUUCUACCACACAGAUGUGAGAUGGUCCUUUAUUUAUGUUUGUAAAGUGCUUUGUGAUCCAAUUCAGGGCGGUCUCUUACCAAGAGAAACUGAAGGAUGGAGAGGGCAAGUUACGUCCUUCCACAAGGCCAGAGAGAGGAGAGUUUGACAGAGCUGGUACUAGAAGCAAGAAAUUUCUGCUUCCCUGUCUAAGUUUGUGACAAGACUGUUUAAACUACAUCAAAUCAAUGGAUUCUGAUGAUGUGGGUUCCUGUUUGCCAGUGUAUUAUGCUUUCACUGUCACUACUCUGCUUGCUUUUAUUAGUGCUUAACCUGAACUGCCUUUCUAGUUACUUCUGAUGUUCUUGUCAAUUCCCUUUUAGUGUUGGAGGGUCUCACCAUUUUAUUUAGGGUUGUAGUUGUCUGAAGGCACCAGGGAUUGUAACCUUGGAUACUAUUCCACCUGUCACUGUUGUAUGACAUACUUGCUCACUGUUCCGCUAGUGGACUCUGCCCUGGAAUAAGUGAUUCCUGUGUAAGAAUCUAGGGAGAUAAUAGAAAUAGAUAAGUAGUUGAAGAGGAGCAUGUAUGAAAGCAGAUCUGCCAUUUAGAGACUAGCCCAUAAUCUUGGUUCAUCUUUACCUAAACUUAACUUUCAGGUCACAGAUUAUUUUUUUUAUUAAGAACAAUAUAAGUCUCUAAUGAAUACUACUGUACCCUUCCACCUUUCUAUUCAGGUGUAGUAAUUCCUGAUGUAGGGGUUUAAAAUAUGAUUAGGAAGGUGUUUAAGUCUGAAAAGUGUUUCUGUGUUGCUCUAUUUGUAACGUAGGCAUAAGGUAGGGUAGUAAAACUUAAUGCUUGGAUUUUUAGGGGAGAGAGAGGAAGCUUGUUCACAGGACACUGAUAUUGUGUGUGGACACUUUUCAUCCAUUUCCAGAGAGGUGUGUGUGUCACUUAUGUGUGCGUCAGUGCUGCUAUCUAGGAUAGGGGUUGGUACCUUUUAUGAAAUACCACUGUAUCAUUUCUUUGUUACCCUGGACAAUCUCAGAUACAAAUUCAGUGGGAUACAGUAAGAAAUGAUGUUUAGUGUGACUCUCCAAGCACUGUACAAAUUAACUUAGCAGUUUAUCGCCACAUGCUUAUCAGUAGAUAGGACUGGAAAGGACUUUGAUUCAGUGAAAGGCUUGAACAUCUAUGAGCUGACUAAUUUUAAGAGCUUUGAAUGUAUUCCAAUUAGCGUUGGAAAAAUAAAGACCAACCCUAAUUCUUGUCAUCUCAAAUGUGGUUCACAGAAGGAUGCAUUUGAAAGGUGCUUAUCUUCCAUUCAUGUUUAACUAAGAUUUCUAACAUGCCUCUCUCCAAUGGCAAAGUAGACAAACUGGUUUGGGUGUUAAUGACACGUUACAGGACUGAGUUUACAGGUGCAAAGGUAUUGGUUAUUGUCAGUAACAAGCAAGUUGUCUGUCUAAGCUGCUUCCAUGGUUUCAUCAGGAAGGUGAAUCAUUCCUCUUAACAUGGGCUACCAGCAUAUUGUAACAGUACUGGAUUGAAAAAAUUACCUUUUUCCCCUUGCAACUUCAUUCUAUUCAAAGUGGCUGUGUCCUGUCUUAGCAGAAUAGUGACACAUUACAACUGCGACCACAGCAGAGAAGGAAACAGAAGCUGGUUUGGGGGGGAAGCCU